CUCGACCAACCUCGCCGUGGUUGUCCCGCUGUCCCGUGUGCAACCAUCCUGACGGUCUGCCAGUGAUGUCACGACAACGCGCCAUUUAGCUCUUCCUUCCUCCUCCGAUCCUCCUGCGCGGGAGCGCCAUCGGUUUCGCGCUGCCCGGCACAAAACACGCCAGCAACAAUGGCUUCCGUCCUGCCGUCUGGUCGCCAGCCGGAUCUGGUCCUCGUUUCCGAGGACGAUUUCCCCUACGAGCAGGACAUCCUACGCAACCCGGGAAGCACUAAGCCGUGGCUGGCCUACAUCGAGUACAAGCUUCAGCAUGGGACGAUACGCGAGCAGGCGUUUGUCAUGGAGCGGGCAUGCAUCCAGCUACCGCGCUCGUACAAGCUGUGGAAGAUGUAUCUCCGGUUCAGGAUGAAUCACAUCGUAAAGCUCAACGCCGCCAUUUUUGCAGCCGAGUUCCAAAAGGUCAACGCGCUCUUUGAGCGUGCGCUGAUCCUCCUCAACAAGAUGCCCAAGAUAUGGGAGAUGUACCUCAAGUUCCUGAUGCAGCAGCCUCUGGUGACCCUCACCCGACACACCUUCGACCGCGCGCUCCGGGCGCUCCCAAUCACCCAGCACAACAGGAUAUGGGCCCUCUACCGGCCAUUUGCGAACUCUGCCGAGGGCAUGACGGCGGUCAAGAUCUGGCGGCGGUACAUGCAGGUUCAUCCCGAGGACGCCGAGGACUUCAUCGAACUGCUGGUACAAACAGGCCUGUAUACCGAGGCCGUGAAGAAGUACAUCGACAUCCUUGACAACCCCCGCUUCCAGAGCAAGAACGCCAAGGGGCACUACGAGCUGUGGAGCGAGAUGGUCGAUUUAUUGGUCGAACAUGCGGCCGAUAUCGAGACGGGGCAUGAGACGGGUAUUGACGUCGAACGGAUCAUCCGGAGCGGCAUUGAACGAUUCAGCGAUCAAAGAGGGAAGCUAUGGUCCGGCUUGGCAACAUACUGGAUCCGGCGAGGCAACUUUGAAAAGGCGAGGGAUGUGUUUGAGGAAGGCAUUACGACGGUCAUGACGGUUCGAGACUUUACUCUCGUGUUCGACUCGUACACCGAGUUUGAAGAGUCCAUCAUUGGCGCGUUGAUGGAGGUCGCCUCGGCACGAGCUGAGAAGGGCGUGGUAAACGAGGCUGCUGACUUCGAGCUCGACAUCCGCAUGAUGCGCUUCGAGCAUCUCAUGGACCGCCGGCCGUUCCUCCUGAACGACGUCCUCCUCCGGCAGAAUCCGAACAACGUCACGGAGUGGGAGAAGAGGGUUGCACUGUGGGGGGACAACAAACAAGAAGUGGUACAGACGUACACGGAUGCCAUUGCCGCCAUCCAGCCCAAGAAGGCGGUCGGCCCGUUCCACCAACUAUGGGCGAAUUACGCCAAGUUCUACGAGAAAGGGGGAGACCUGCGGAACGCCCGGAUCAUCAUGGAAAAAGCUGUCAAGGUUCCAUUCAAGUCGGUGGCGGAACUGGCCGACAUGUGGAUUGAAUGGGCUGAGAUGGAGUUGCGGAAUGAGAACUUUGACGAGGCCGUCCGGAUCAUGGCCAAGGCAGUGCAGGCACCCAAGAGGUCGACCGUAGACUAUUUCGACGAGACGCUAUCACCGCAACAACGGGUACACAAGAGCUGGAAGCUUUGGAGUUUCUAUGUCGACCUCGUGGAAAGCGUCAGUUCCCUGGAAGAGACCAAGAAGGUCUAUGAGAGGAUAUUCGAACUGCGCAUCGCGACGCCCCAAACCGUGGUCAAUUACGCUAACCUGCUCGAAGAGCACAAAUACUUUGAGGAGUCGUUCAAAAUUUACGAGCGCGGUCUCGACCUCUUCAGCUACCCAGUUGCUUUUGAGCUAUGGAAUCUCUACCUCACCAAGGCCGUCGAUCGCAAGAUCAGCAUUGAGCGGCUAAGAGACCUGUUUGAGCAAGCGGUUUUGGACUGCCCGCCAAAGUUUGCCAAGGUCAUAUACCUCAUGUACGGCAACCUGGAAGAGGAGCGUGGGCUGGCGCGGCACGCCAUGCGCAUCUACGAGCGGGCCACGCGCGCCGUGUCGGACGAAGACCGUGCCGACAUGUUCAAUUUUUACAUCACCAAAUCCGCCUCCAACUUUGGCCUGCCCUCGACACGCCCCAUAUACGAGCGAGCCAUUGCGACGCUCCCCGACAACGAGGCCCGUGACAUGUGCCUCAAAUUUGCCGAUAUGGAGAAGCGGCUGGGCGAGAUUGACCGCGCCAGGGCCAUCUACGGACACGCCUCGCAGUUCUGCGACCCGCGGACGAACCCCGAUUUUUGGACCAAAUGGGAGCAGUUCGAGGUGCAGCACGGCAAUGAGGACACGUUCAAGGAGAUGCUGCGCAUUAAGCGCAGCGUCCAGGCGCAGUACAAUACCGACGUCAACUUCAUUGCCUCUCAGGCGCUGGCAAGGAGCCAGGCGCAGAGACAACAGAAUGGCGGCGAGGAGGUCGACCAAGAAGUCGCCGACGCCAUGGAGCAGCUGGAGAGGCAGGCUCGCGCGCCGGCCGGGUUUGUGGCCGCCUCGGAAGGCCUCAAGGGGAAUGUACCCAGUCGGCCGGUUGAGGUGGCCAACCCCGACGCCAUCGACCUUGACGAUAUGGAUGAAUGACACGAUUUUCCGUAGGUAGAGAGUGGGCGUUACCUCGCGUCUUUUUUUUGCAGUGGGGUUCAAGGACAGGACAACCUUGAAGUAUUUUCAACUCGGUCGGAUUGGCGCGGCAGGAUUGGUAGACGGACAGAGGAGUAAAUAGAAUCUCGUUAUUUCAUGUUCUCGCUUUACUCAGGUACGAGCCAGUCUCUCGGUCCGGACCACUGCACUUUCUUGGAUGAACUUUUGCUAUAACAGCCCUCUCCUUGUAUGUAAUUUGUACAGCAGACAAGCACGAGAGACAACAUUACCCGCGAACCAACAAGACAACCCC